AUGGCGUCAAGAUUUUAUUUAGUGAUAUUAGUGGUUGGGUGCAUCACCACAGGAUGUAUGAACUCACUAUUUACUAAAUAUCAAGAUAACCAAUGUGUUCACAAUUGUUCCAAUCCCAACGAGAAUAAGCACAAGACAUUUAACCAGCCAGCAUUGCAGACAUUACAAAUGUUUAUUGGGGAGUUGUCAUGUUUUUUGGUAUAUUAUAUGGUAUACAAAUCACGGUUUGGUAAGGGGAAUGGGUACAAUCCAUUGAACGAGCCAGCAGACGAAGAUUUAUCGAUAUUCGAUAGUUUUAAGUUGGCACUUCCGUCGAUAUGUGACAUGACUGCCACCACGUUAUUGAAUGUGGGGUUAAUAUAUACUCCUGUGUCAAUCUAUCAAAUGACGAGGGGGUCGAUUGUAUUAUUUGUGGCCAUUUUGUCGGUUCUUUUUUUGAAGAGAAAAAUUACGAAGCUAGAGUGGAUUUCAUUGAUUAUUGUCACUUUAGGGGUGGUCAUUGUUGGAUUGAGUGGGUCUAAGUCAUCUGAAAGUGAUGCUGCUCAAACAAUGGCCAAGAAGGAUGCUUCUGCUCUCGUUAUCAUUGGUAUCUCGUUAAUUGUUCUAGCAGCAUUAUUCCAGGCCAUUCAGUUUGUAGUUGAAGAACAUAUCUUGAGUAAGAAAUCCAUCGUGCCGUUGAAAUUGGUUUAUUUCGAAGGCUUCUACGGGGCUACAAUCCUAUUGACUAUAAUGAUAAUAUUAAACUUCGUAAUAGGAGCAAUCUCACCCCCUAAGAAGUUUAUCAACUCGCCUUUCAAUCUUGCGGAAUCAUUUUCCCAGCUUUUUGGCUCUCGUGAAAUAUUGAUCUCGUCAGUCUUCAUAAUGGUGUCGAUUGCAUCAUUUAACUUUUUUGGCAUUUCUUUGACCCAUGAAUUAUCCGCUACCGCAAGAUCUACGAUCGAUACUUGCCGUACUUUAUCGGUGUGGCUUCUUGCAAUAUUUAUGGGCUGGGAAUCGUUCCAUUUUCUACAAUUCGUGGGUUUUGUAGUCUUGGUAUUCGGUACCUUAUGCUUUAACGGAGUAUUAAAUCCUGAAGAAUGGAGCUUUGUUCCUCAUUCUUUAAAGUCUAAUGGUCCUUAUGAAAGACUUAUUGAUGUCGUCGAUGAACCCAUCGAAAGAAUGUAG